CCAUAAUAGGACACAUUGACAAAAACCGACAGUGGGGUUUGUUGUUUGCAGAUAUGCAACACGAAACAUGGACAACUUGGGGGGAUAUGGCUUCGUCUUAUUGAUUUUCCUGCUUGUUAUGUCUCCACAAGAAUCUUAUGCUAGUAGCAACUGCACUGAACAUUGGUUGACAGUUUGUCAGGAUCAGUUCAAUGAGAACAACUUGAAGAUAUGCCAGGAAAUUUUGGAAUUACGGUCUUGUCUCAAAGCUUGUGCUAAUAACAUUUGGCCAAGCCAUGCCAGGAUAAGAGUCCAGUAUGAAUCACUUAUCAACAAAGUAAAUUCUUUUCCUGACUGUUUACCACCAAGUAAAGUUCAUAGAAAAGUAUGUAGUGAGGAUCUUGUCAAUAGAUGCUACCAAAAAUUUAAUCGGAACUCUUCAUCAAUUUGCCGAGAGGUGAAAAAUCUGCGGAUGUGCAUUAGUGAACUGGCUGGUUGUCACGUUACAAAACAUCCUAAAUUUGUUUUAUCCAUGGACAUACUUGAAAAACACAGGAAAUGCUUCUUUGUCAAUUAUUCCCGGAUAUUGGAGGUCCUCAAGAAAAAAGAUCAUUCUCAAAAGCCAGUUAGUACUCCCCAAGCUGUUAAAACUCCUAAAACAGGAAAAUCUGUUCCAGUUGUGAAGAUGAAUGUGACAAUGAAACCUUCAGAGAGUAAAUCAGAACCACGAAGUGAACAUCUUCCAUAUACUUUUGUUGUUGUUGCAACUGUGUGUACAUGCAUGUUUCUUGUGGUACUUGUUGUCUUCAGCAUUGUACGGCAUACAACACUCUCAAAACGUCAAAGGAACUCAAUAGUGACAAGAGCUCCAACAAGAAUACAUAUCAGAACACAAAAUCGCAGAUACAGAACGAGAAGGCACCACCAUCAUCGCAAUCAUAGAGGACAUGUUGUUAUCCAGGGUGCACGGCAGACUGUCUCUGGAUUCUUUGAGGGGAAUGUUGCCCCUCCACCAUACAGCGCAGUUCUUGAUGAUAAUGAAAGUGUCAGAGCUGGUGACCCACCCCCUCCAUAUCGACCACCCUCUUGUAUGGCACUAGGUGUUAUUGUUUAGUGUUCAUUGAAACACAUUUGACUUGUCAUUCCAUGAUAAUGGCUUGGCCUAUUGCCAUUGGUAGGGUCACUUAAAUUAUGCUAAAAAAAUUUGAACAUAAUGCUUUUCAGCAUCACCAUGGAAACACAACAUUAUCAAGAAAAUUUUCAAGAAGUUUAGCCAUUAUGCCAGUAUUAUGCAUGAUGCUCUGACUAAAGCAUUAUACAUAUAAUUAUGCUAGCAUGAUUUAUCUGACCCAAGCCACAGUGACCCUCGCAUUGGAGUGGCCUUUGAAAUUUUCAUUUUCAUUAGACUGAAGUGGUCUUGAGUUUCUGACCAGACUUUAGGAUACAGGAGUAUAGGUCAAAAGUUCAAGUAUCUAAUCAUAAGCAAGUGGGGGGCCUUUUUAAACUAUAGCACAAGUGAAACCCAGAUUUGAUCAUUGGUGUCUUUUGUAAGGAUCUUGUCAAACAAAGGAAUUACAGUGAUCAGCAUCCUGGUGCAUGUGUCUAUGUUAGCCUGCGCUUGUGUUUUAGUGAAAAUUGGAUCAAUGUCAGUACUUUAGCCACCGUGCACCUACCCCUCCCCUAACCCAACAAUAGUCAACUAAUAAUGUUGGGGUAUGAGAGGGGUAGGUGUGCAGUUGUUUAGAUACUGAUAUUGAUCCCAAAAAUCAGCAGCAAAGGAAAAAAAUUAUAUGUAAAGUGUAUAUACAGACAGUUUUAAUGAAAUAUAAGAGAGAUCUAUUUUACUUGUAUUUACCUAACAUCAAGGUUACUGAAUUCUUCAUGUUCAGUUUUUUUUUUUUGACAAAAUCGAAUGAAUUAGAAUGUUCACAUCAAUUUAGGAAAUGUUGAUUUCAAAUGAAGGAUUGUGUUUAUUUCAUUUCUGCGAAAAAAACAAUGUAAGUUAAAGAACAGAUAACAGUUUUACACUUUUAAGCCAUGUUAUUUACAGACAAUUCCAGCUGCAGCCAGAGAAA